AUGGAAAAUUUUUUUUCCGAAAAAGAAACGGAGGAAACAAGGAAGAAAUUACGUGAACUAACUUCUGGUGAUGAUGAUUAUUUAAAGAAAAAUUUGGGGGGUAAGGGAAAAAGGAAAAGCGAAGGGGAAAGGGUAAAACGAAAGAAACGGGAAGCGAAGGGAAGGGGAAAGGGUAAAACGAAAGAAACGGGAAGCGAAGGGAAGGGGAAAGGGGAAAACGAAAGGGAAAGGGAAAAACGAAGGGAAAAGGGGAAAAGGGGAAAACGAAAGGGAAAAGGGAAAAACGAAGGGAAAAGGGGAAAACGAAAGGGAAAGGGAAAACGAAGGGGAAGGGAAAACGAAAGGGAAAGGGAAUACGAAAGGGAAAGGGGAAUACGAAGGGAAAGGGGAAUACGAAAGGGAAAAGGGAAAACGAGGGAAACGAAAGGGAAAGGGGAAAACGAAAGGGAAAGGGGAAUACGAAAGGGAAAGGGGAAUACGAAAGGGAAGGGGGAAAACGAAAGGGAAAAGGGGAAAACGAAAGGGAAAGGGGAAAACGAAGGGAAAAGGGGAAAACGAAGGGAAAAGGGGAAAACGAAAGGGAAAGGGAAAACGGGAAAACGAAAGUGA